AUGACUGCUAAGGUCGUACCGGCCUCGGCUUCGCCGCAGGCGCUGGCCGAAGGUUGGGACUUUAAAAUGUGCAAAAAGAUAGCGCAACUCACCAAAGUUGUCUACACUCUUAACUGCCGGAAUGAAGACAAUGAGGAGCGAACGAAGUGGCUCGUACAAUGCCACGAAAAUGAGAUGCAACGCAUGCAACAGGAGUGUGCAAAGCAGAUUGGAGCUGCGGCUGACAAAAUUAAACAGGCGGAGACCAACAAGAUCCAGGCAGUGCGCACUAUGGAGGCGAAUUAUCAAACCUCUCUAAACGAGGCUCGAGAGGCGUUUGCUGAGAAACUUCAGUGGAUCACUGCAGCAGCAGAGGCGGCAAAGGAGAACUAUGAACGUAGAUUGAAGAAGGUUCAAGAGGAAACCUCCAUUGCACAGCAGGAGGAAUUGGGCAAGCUUCGGGAUGCGAAAGAUUUUGAGGUUGCCGGUUUAGUAAAGGAGUACAAUGAGCGCUACAAGUCCAUGCUUGCGGAGCAGAUGGACAUCCGAGACGCGCUGGAAAAGCAACUGCGUGCGGAGUGGGAACUUAAGGUGAAGACCAUCCAGCAAGAGCUGGAUUCCGCAAAAAGUGCAUCCGAUGCCCAGCUGGGUGCCAAAAGUAAGCAACUGCUAUCUGAGAUGGGUAAAGCGAGCACUUUAGAAAGGGAGCUGAGUGGCGCCAAGGAGCGGCUAUCACAUCAGGAGGCACGCCAACGGGAGCUGGAAAGUGCAAAUAAAGAGCUUGAACGGCAGCUGAGUAGGAUAGGUGAAACCUUAGACAUGGCGAAGGGUAGCGAGGAAAGCUUACAAAAGCAACUAGAACUCAUGACAAAGGAGAAAUCGGAGGUCACUCAAGAGCUCGAAAAAGCGCAGCAGAGUUUAAAAGAAACUCAGGGGCGUGCGGAGAAGCUUUCCUCUGAUUGUGUUAAUGUGAAGAAUCAUUUAGGGGUUGCGAUGGCGCAGAAAGCCACAGCUGAGGGGGAUCUAAGAGAGCUGCGUAAACAGUAUGAGGAGCUGCGUUCCAUGACGGAUGAGUUGGAGAAGCAGCGUGCAUUGCUCUCCUCCUCUAUGCAGGAUAAAAAAUCGGGUAUUGCUCAGUUAGAGUCAGCAUUAGAGGAAGCUAAGAAGGAAAUGGAGUCCCUCAAAUCGCAGAACGCGGAGACUAUGCGUGCCCUCAGUAAGUCCCAUGAGGAGGCCUUGAGGCGUGCUGAGCAGUGCUCUAAGGAGUCCGCCGCGUCGGUGCUGGAGCGCUGUCAAAAGGAAAUGGAGGAGAUGAAGCUAGGGUUUCGCAAGCAGCUUCAAGAAAGCGAAGCGGCCCAGCAAAGCCGAGCUGCGCUUUUGGAGCAACAAAGCGAUCAACGGUAUGCCAGCCUUCAGAAUAGGCUUGCGGAGGUCCAGAAGGAGAAGGAUGCUCUGCAGGUACAGCAGAGCACACUUCAGCAGGAGCGGGAUGCCAUGCAGGCGAAAUACAACGACUUGGAGGUGGAGUAUCACCGCCACCAGGAUAAGGCGUCGGAACAGCAGCGAAAAGACGACGCGGAGAUCACCCGAUUACGAGAGGAGGUGGCGUCACUCACAAUGCAGGGCGCGAAUGACCUCGAUGACGUCCGACGGGCAUUGCGGGAGCAGGAAGCCCAAUUCGGGGUCGAGAAAGAGGCCCUGAUACGUCGUUUCAAUGAGGAAAAAUGCCAGAUUGAGGAGAACACCGAUAGACUUCUGCACGAGGCUGAAGAGCGGCGUCGGAAGGAUGUGGAGGCGCUGAAAAAGCUGCAGGAAGCUGCCGAGCAACGCUUCGCGUCGUCCAGCCAGGAGAGCGCACGGGAGCUGCAAAAGCUCCGCAUGGAGGCGCAUCAGGCGCUGGAGCAUGCCAAGACGGAGGCCGGAAACCUCCAAGGCCGACUCUCGGAGAGGCUGAAAAACCUCGAAUCCGAGCUCGACCACCUUCGCGCGGUGGGGGAGCAGGAUAAAUCGAAUUCUCAAGAGCAGGUGCGGCAGCUUCAAGGGACCCUUGACGGCCUCUACGCCGCCGCACAGCAACGCGAAGGGGAGCACGCGGCCGCUCUAAAAAAGAUGCAGGAGGCGGCCGAUCUCGCGCGCGCCGCCGAACUCGCGCGUGAGCGGCAAACGCACGCGACGGCGCUGCAAAAAAUGCGGGAGGAUCUCGCCAACGCGGCGGCCGAGCACGCGAGGCGGGUGGAGCAGCUCGAGCGCGCGGCCGCGGAGCGAAUGGAGCGGGAGGAUCAGGCGUGGCGUGCGCGUCUGGAGGCCGUGGAGGUGGACUCGGAGAAGCAGCUCCGCGCGCUCGAGGCGCGACACACCGCGGAGCUCAAUGACCAACUGGAGGAGCUGCGGAGCACGAAAGAUGGCGUCAUCUCCGGCUACGCGCGGGAGCUCUCAGACGCGACGGAAAUGCUGAAAAGCACCACGCACGAGGUGGAGCUGCUUCACAGGCAGCUGCAGGCGGUAAAAAACGAUCUUAGCGAUGCCACCGCGCAGAUUCAACGGGAGCGGUCCGAGGCCGCAGACACCCUCGCUCAGAUGCGGGAGGAACACUUAGAGGCGAUGCAGCGCGUCGAGGAUGAGCACAACGCGCAGCUCAAUCUGCUCGUUUGUGAGCACAAACGACUGUCGGAUAAGGCGCUUCUCGAGUUCGAGAGUGAGCGACGGGCCCACGAAAUGCUCGUCGCGCAGAUGAAUGAAAGCUAUGAGGAGCUUCAACAUAAGUACAACUACCGUGAGUCCCGCCCUGAGGAUGUCAAUCUUAUCAACCAAUUAACAAUGUCUAAUCAUGAAAAGGAUAAGGCACUCAAAAAGGCCCAUCAUGAUUUGCAGGUAUACAAACUUGAGCUUAUUAAUCGAGAGGAAAAUUACAACAAACUCUUUGGAAGGAAACCCGUUGUAGCGGCGGACACCACGACCCAACGCACAGCCACGAGCCUUCCAUCUAUUAGGCAAGCACAAAGAGGUACUUCAAAAUAG